AUGGCUCCUGGUCAACAUCCCAAUGCUCACCCCGGGGCCGGAAUGGUGCAGGCGGUGCACCCAGGUGUGUCGGCUCCCGGAGGGCCUCAGGUCAGCCAAGGUGGACCUAUGAUGGCAGGCAUGCCCCCAGGUGCUGGAACAACGGGGCCUGGAGGGCCAGUGCAGGCUCAUGCUCUCUCCCAUCUGGGUCCGGCACAGGCACACAUGUUUCAGCAGCCUCAUUUUGCCCAACAAUUUGCCGGUAACCCACAACUUAUGCACCCGCAGCAGCAACAGGCAAUGAUGAGGCAACGUCUGAUUCUCCAGCAACAACAGCAGCAGCAGCAGCAGCAUCAGCAGCAACAUGGUGGACUUCCGGUAUCGUUACCCAACGGCAAUCCUGCCGGCCUAACUGCCGCUCAUGUCGCCGCCAUGCAAGCGAAUCAAGGAAUGCGACCCGUGAAUAUGCAGAUGCAGAUGCAGCAAAUGCCCCACGGACAAGCGCAGAAUAUCCAACAGCAGCAGCAGCAUCUCUUCGCCAUCCAAGCGGCCCAAGCGCAACAAGCCCAGCACGUACAACAGGCUCAACACGCGCAGCAGGCACAACAGGCUCAGCAGGCUCAGGCCCAGCAAGCGCAUCAAGCCCAGCAAGUCCAGCAGGCGGCCACCCCGGUUCAACCUGGCCAGCAGACUCCGCAGCAACGGGCAGCCGCGCAACCGCAGAGCGUGCACGAUGCACAAAGCGCAACGCCGCAACCCCAACCUGGCCCCCCACCACACCAGGGGAGCGCGACUCCGCAACCGAAUCCGUCGCAGAUACCCACCACCCAGCCCCCGCAGCCGCAGCAGCAGCCUCCCGCUCCACAGCCGCAGCCCACCCCUAAUCCGCCUCCGCAACAACUGCCACAGUCGCAGCAGCCUGGUCCUCAACAGCAAACGCCGCAGCAGCCACAACCACCACAAAGUCAGCAGGGGUCUGUACAGGGACAACAACAACCUCCCAUGAUGUCCCAAGAGGCACAGCUGAAGGCGGCGCAGCAGCAGCAGCAGAAUCCAGCCACGAUGAUGAUGCAACAGCAGCCACGAAUACCAAUGAAAGGGGCCGCAAUUCUCCACCUGAAUAGCUUCGCAGAACACCUGAGCAGCUUCCAAAGCCGCGGUGAGGCACACGAUCUCGCCUACUGGCAACAAUUCGUGGGCCGGUUUUACGCUCCUGGAGGCGUCUUACGUCAGGGCGUCUACAACCAUCAGACGGGUUCGAAGCAAUUCGAGAUUGGCACGGUCGCACUGCCUCGCUACUACUACACCCAAUUCACGAGCGGUAUCCGCCAUAUCCAGAUGGUUGUGGAGGGGGCUCGGGAGCGGGACUUGCCGAACGGAGGUCACGUUGUGGAGAGCCCCAGAACUUCCUUCAUUUACUGGUUCACCAACGAUACUCAGCUCUUUGCCAACGGAACGAUGACGGCACAUUUUGACAUGAACAACAAGAUCGAGAUGCUAGAUAUCGUUAUGUUGAAUCAUACCGAGUAUCUGCCUCGCACCCAGCUACAGGCCCUAGAACAAGCAGCAGCAGAACUACCAAAGCAGAGUCCCAAGGUUACCAAGAAUUCAGGCAAGCGUGGCCAGCAGAAGCAGCCGCCACCGCCCGCGGCUACCUUGCCCGAAUCAAUGGUGACUUUGAACGGUGUACCGGGUGCUGUCAUGCAAUUCAUGGAGGUCUCGGAGACGAUCGCAUCUAUGCAAUUCUUGAUGCAGUUCUCCCAGCAAAACCCUCAAUUGACACCGUGGGAAUCGUUGCGCAACCUGGUGAAUUCGAUGCAGAACCAAGUUCCUAAUCCUGCCUUCAUGCCCCUCCAAAUGAACCCGGCCAUGCAACAAGGUCAGCCCCGCGCCCCCAGCAUGAGCGCUCCGAACCAAUUCGCCUCCCCAGCCAUGGCUCAUCUGGGUCUACCCCCUGCUCAAGGGUCUCCCCAUCUGAGUGUCUCUGGUCAUCCCAGCCCUGCACCAACCCACCUGGCCGGACCUCCGAUGCCGCAGGGUCAAGUGCAGGGCAAUGGUCCGCAAGUGACCAGUGCAAGUGCCAGUCCCAACGUGGGAACCAAGCGGCGUCGGGCCAGCACGGUGAAGGUGGAAAAUGAUGAUAAUGGACCGGAUUUGAACGGGGCGCCGGGACCUGUGCCAGCCAAGGUGAAGGCCAGUCCACGCGUGGGCGCGAAGAAGCAAAAAGGGGGCGCUUAG